AUGAGCAAAGAGGUGUUCGAUUCGAAAAGGCGAGAAAUUUUUCAAGAACACAUCAAUAAACGUGUUCUUGUCGAAUGGGUUCGCAUAACAGGAUUAGAUAACAAAGCAAAAUGGAAGCUUGAUCGACUGCUUUCUUAUCUAUCUAACACUAUAACAGGCUAUACUGGUACCGAAAACGCCUUCACCUGGCCUACAUUUGCAGGUGUCAGUGGUGGUAUACCUGCGCGAAAGUUUCUUACGCGUAUUGGAGAUACUUCAUGUCUGAGGGUCGCCGAAGGCUUGCUGAAGCAUAAUAAAGAACAAGGAACAAAAAUAGCUGUAAUUAAGGAGCAAAUAUUGAGAAACCAAGAUAGCAAUAAUUUUGGGUAUGUAGAAUUAGCUUUUGUUGUUCAAAUGUUAGUUAUGCAUAUGCUAAUUUUAGCUUGCUGGUCAGGAAAAAAUUAUACUCACUGUAUGCUUCAAAGGAAAGUCAAAGCUCCUGAGAUAUCCGUCAAAAGAGGAUUACUACACAUUGGAAAAAAUAUGAUAGUCAAACCUUCCAUCGUUGCUAUCAGCUUAAAUCUCGUUCUUUCGGAAUGGAAGGGUUUACCUCCAGAGGAGCUUCUUAGCGAAAGCGAGAGAAAGGACUUCUUGGAUUCUUUCGUAUUUUGUGCUGAAGAGUUUGAAGAGGGAAGAAAUAUAGAGGAGCGUGUUGAAGAGGAGGAGCCUUUUACCAGAUCUGUUGCGUUGGAUGUUGGAGAUCUCAGCAAAGCUAAUUAG